ACCAAACCCGGAAGUAAGGCGACUGACUACAUAAACAUACCAUGCGUUCUGUGAAAUAAAGUUUGUUUUAAAGUAAUAUUAGGUUAUAUUUUAGUUUAUAAUGAAUUUAACUGAUAAAUAUUACAAAUUGCUUAGGAACCGGUGGGAAGAGACGGGAUUAUUUCCCCGUUCUCCCUAAUUCUGCAGUAGUCGAUAAACGAAUGGAUAAAGUCUUUGGAUUUACUCUAUAUCAUUAAAUAUAGCAUAUAUACAGUUAUUACUGUGGCCGGAUAUUAGGAAAUCCUGGUACUGUAUUCUAGAAAAUAUUCCAGUUAUUUACAGUGUGCUACUUGAUGCUCUUUGCUAGGACUAGUAUAAUACACGUGAUUUACAGCCAUCUACCUGUCAGCGAAUUUUUCCCGGAAGCGCAGACGCGGCUGUAAACCAGAAGUUCUGCUAAACUCUGAGACACGAGACUGUAAUACACGACGACCAGAGACUUCUCAGCUGGCAGAACAGAGAAAAAUGGCUCAUUCAGCACGCAUGCCAUUCUGCCCAGAUCUUCCUCUUACUAUUGUUGAGGAAAUUCUUCUAAACCUACCUGGCCAGCAGGUGAUUAAUGUGUGCCGCCUGGUGUGUAAUGACUGGAAGUCGGUUGUGGACAGCACUGCGUAUUGGAGAAAGCGAUUCCGCAGAGAAGGAUUCAAGCCUCUCAGUAUCCCCAGUGUCCCAAGAGAUUGGCAGACCUCCUAUUUUCUAUGUAAGAAGCGCCGGAAUCUGUUGAAGAACCCCAAUGCAAAUGAGAAUUUCACUGGCUGGACAAUCGUACAAAAUGGAGGUGAUAAAUGGGCUAUAGAAAACGUGAUGGAACCUCAUCCAGAUGAAACUGUAACAAAAUGCUUUGUUACCUCUUAUGGGCGAUGCAUAAAAAUCCAACUGAUCAACCUAGAGAAAGAAGGUUACAGUCCUUUGUUUAUGGAUGAAAUACAGCCCAACAUUGUGAUAUCAGACUGGUAUGCUCCACGCUGGGACUGUGGCAGUGUAUAUGAAAUAUGUGUCGAGUUACUCAAUCGCAGGAAGAAGGCAGUCAAGUUCUUUCAACCUGAGCCAGUGACAUUUCCACAAUGGAAUGAUCAGCACUGGGAGCAGAUCACUCAUACGUUUAAGGACUAUGGACCUGGUGUUCGAUUUAUCCGUUUUAAACAUGGAGGGCAGGACACGCAGUUCUGGGCUGGACAUUAUGGAAUACGGGUUACAAACAGUAGUGUGGAAAUUGUCCCAUCAGCUGAAGGAUAUUGCUAAAAUAGUUAUUAUAGUACACAUGCAGGGGGGCCCUUGGCUUCUGGAGGACCAAAGCAGUUGCCUAUUUUUGCCUAGUGCUAAGUCUGCCCCUAAGCAUCUGACCCCUCAGCUGAAGCAGCAUUUGAUUAGAAAUGUAAUUAGCCUAUAGUCAUGUUGGAUCAUGGAAAGAAACUGGAGAAUCCAGAGGAAACCCACACAGAAAAUGUGAUGCUCCAUACAAACAUUAACCCAAGCUCAGGAUCGAACGGCAGACCCUGGAGUUGUGAAGGAGCACUACGUAUUCAAUAAAACUUUCAAGGUUUUUCUUUUAGUUUUUUUUUUUUAAUUAUUAUUUCAGCUCAAAUAAACAAUCUCCAGUUUCAUUUCUACUGAACAUUUCUACUAAACAUUUCUAAUGAACAUUUCUGCUGAACAUUUCUACUAAAAAUUUCUACUGAACAUUUCUGCUGAACAUUUCUUUUUUUUCCCCCAAAUAUUUUAUUGAGAAGAAAAACAAACGACUAACACACAGCAACAAUCAUUCACAGUUUUUUUU